UUUCACAAUCAUUAACCACAGGAUGGGACUUCUAAAACAGUGAGAUUCAUUUCGUAGGAGGAAUGUCCAUUAAGAGAUCCCAUUGACAAUUCUGCCUCCACACUCAUGGCUCCAGAGAAAACCGGUGACGGGUUGGAAAACUACGCAUUUACUGUUGACGGUGUACACCAUUUCUGUGAGUUACCGGAGAAUACAAAUGAAAGUGAUCGUUUCUCAGAGGAGGGAGACAGUAACAAGCUGGCAUAUUGUGUCACUGAUAUUCCACCAUGGUACCUUUGCAUCUUUUUAGGGAUUCAGCACUAUCUUACAGCUUUUGGGGGCAUCAUAGCCAUUCCUCUGAUACUGUCUCAGGGUCUUUGUCUACAACACGACAGCCUCACACAAAGUCACCUAAUCAGCACUAUUUUCUUUGUGUCUGGGGUGUGCACCUUGCUGCAGGUCACUUUUGGAGUGAGGUUACCCAUUCUCCAGGGUGGAACUUUUACACUUCUGUCGCCCACAAUGGCUUUGCUAUCAAUGCCUGAAUGGGCCUGUCCUGCUUGGACACAGAACGCCAGCCUGGUCAACACCUCCUCACCUGAGUUUAUUCAUGUUUGGCAAAGUCGAAUGCAAGCGCUCCAAGGCUCCAUCAUGGUGGGCUCCCUAUUCCAAGUGCUAGUGGGAUUCUCGGGUCUAAUUGGCCUCUUCAUGCGUUUUAUUGGCCCUUUGACCAUCGCACCAACUAUUUCACUAAUUGGCCUAUCACUGUUUGACUCAGCAGGCAUGAAUGCGGGUCACCACUGGGGCAUCUCUUCCAUGACAACAUUUUUGAUUGUGAUUUUCUCACAAUAUCUUCGCCAUAUUUCCAUCCCCUUCCCCAAAUACAGCAAAGCCAAGAAAUUUCACACCAGCAGGAUUUACAUAUUUCAGAUUUUGCCUGUCCUGCUAGGGAUCACUCUGUCUUGGCUGAUUUGCUACCUGCUGACGGUCUACAAUGUCCUGCCCUCAGACCCUGAUAAAUAUGGCUAUCUAGCUCGGACUGAUAUUAAAGGAGAUGUUAUGGGCAGGGCGCCUUGGUUCAGAUUUCCUUAUCCGGGUCAAUGGGGAGUGCCAACUGUUAGUCUGGCAGGAGUUUUUGGAAUCCUGGCAGGGGUCAUAUCCUCUAUGAUUGAGUCAGUGGGGGAUUAUCAUGCUUGUGCCAGGUUAUCUGGCGCCCCACCACCUCCGAGACAUGCCAUCAACAGAGGUAUUGGCAUUGAAGGCAUCGGGUGUCUGCUGGCAGGUGCCUGGGGAACAGGCAAUGGAACCACCUCCUACAGUGAGAACGUAGGAGCCUUGGGUAUCACCAAGGUUGGCAGUCGCAUGGUGAUUGUAUGCAGUGGCUUUGUGAUGAUUAUAAUGGGAAUGUUUGGGAAAAUUGGAGCCAUUUUUACUACAAUACCAACACCUGUUAUUGGAGGAAUGUUUCUGGUCAUGUUCGGGGUCAUUAUGGCUGCUGGUGUUUCAAGUCUACAGUAUACAGACAUGAACUCUUCGCGCAACAUCUUCAUCUUUGGAUUCUCCAUGUUCACUGGGCUUGCUAUUCCCAACUGGAUAAUGAAAAACCCCACAUCCAUAGCAACAGGAGUUGUUGAACUGGACCAUGUACUUCAAGUGCUACUGACAACCAGCAUGUUUGUUGGAGGAUUCUUUGGAUUCCUCCUUGAUAAUACAAUACCUGGAACAAAACGCGAACGAGGUAUUAUUGCAUGGAACAAGGCCCACCAGAAUGAGUCAGACAACACUUUAGAAAGUGAUGACGUGUACGGGCUGCCCUUUGGAAUAAAUAGCUGCCUCUCGUCCUUCGCAUGGACCAAAUAUGUGCCCUUCUGCCCUACACACAAAGUCAGCAGACAGGAUGACACGCCGUCCAGUUUAGAUUCCUUGGACACCAAAACAGAGCCUAACAAAGAUGAUACACACAUUAUAGCAGGGGUGGCAUUGUAGUCUGUGAUGGGGACUUCAAUUUUAAAUAAAGGCCCUUAAUUCUGUGACACUUAUGUAACAUCCAGAGGUACGAACUGAAUUGGCAGCUACCUGUUUAAUUUAACUUUUAAUAUAAGGCACUGUGCAAAUACUGCAUAGGCCCUAUCUAUCCAUUUUCAUCUAGACCUAUAUGAAUCAUCUGUCAACAUAAUGUUGAUUUACUUCAGUUGUUAUUUUCAUCACUGCUUGCUUUCAUUGUAAAUAGUAUCUGUGACCCAUCAUCUCAACUUUUUUUAAUAUAAAUAAACAUCACAAUCAACGAUGCCAGUUCGUCUUUAAAUCAGGAGGAUUUUUUCUUUCUUUUUUUUAACCUGUGGCGAUAGUAGUUCAAAUCAAUUGUGAAUCGGUUCGUUUGGACGCCUGUUCGUAAUAAACCCGGAACAAAUGAGCAUUGUUCGAUUCAUUUGACUCCCAACACUCUUCUGUUUCAUAACGGCGAUAAUAAAUCAGGUUUUUAAAUUCACGCAACAAAUCUAAUGGGUUCAUUGCAGUUUUUUUUAUUAGACAAGUUAAAAGGAACGCACAGUUUAUGGACAAUAAAUCCGUUAACAACUCUGAGGAGAUCGUUGAUGGACACAUGCUGAAGUAUUAUCUGUUAAAAGGGUCCUCAGAGGCUCUAAAACCCAGAUAACGAGCCCGUAUGAAUGAAAUAACUUCUGUUGAUUGACCGCGUUGAGGUGAAGUGACCAAAGAGUCAUAAAAAGAGUGCCUAUCAUACAAAAUGAAAUGGCACACCAACAAAAUUAAUUUAUUCUCACCAGUGAUUUACCACAAGAUGGCGCUAAAUAACAAUAAUUGAGACUCCAUUAUUCAACUCAGCUUGGCGCUAUUAAGACUAGUCGGUUGUCAAAGAUCCACACCUUUGCAAAUAGAUUAUCCUUCAGUGAAACUCUGUGGUUAAUUCUAAACAUUUUAUAACACUUUCUAAACUUUUAAGACGGCGCAAUCUAACAGCCUUCUCCCUUUGAAUAAACUAAUUUGUAACACAGACAUAUGCUGUAAGCUCUUGCUGCAAAAGACACCUCGCUUGUCUAAUUGUCAAAAUCGAUCUUCAGUGCAUCAGCAGCAGAUGUUUCUCUGAAUUCCGACGAAAGGCGUUGCUCUUACAAAUGCUUUCAUAAGUAAAACAGUGUAAAACACACCCAAGGUGCAUAGAAGUUGAUUUAGUGUUAUGGAGCUUGGAGUGGAAAGCAGUGGUCGGUGGAAAACUGUGGUAGGUCUGCUAAGUGCAAUAUUAUAUAUUGCAUUUGAAAAUCCUGGUGUCUCCUGUAUAAUCUGUGAAAUAUUGAGCUGAACAUGCAUAUACCUUUAUAUAAAUAAAAGUCUCUUUCUGCAAAUGUGUAAAAACUCGAAAAGAACUUGACAUUAUGUAAAGGUCAACAUUCAGUGAAGAUUUUUUAGGCCUGAAUC